CCAUGCCUCCCCGGGGACCCUGCGGCCUUGGCCGUCCUUGUCCCUGCCCACUGGCCGCCACCUACUCUCGAGAAGCCGGCGAGGAGCCAGCCCCUGAGCGGCAGUGUCUGGGGCGGGAGCAGCCAUGAGUGACCGUCCAGUGGACGAGAACUCAGAGCCCAGUGAAGCCCAGACGCUGGGCCGAGUCAGCUGGAUGGGCAUCAAUCAGGUGGUCCAGGGAGGGCUCCCAAUCCCUCCUGCUGGCUUCAGUGCUGGCUUCCGUGCCAAAAAGAGCAUCCUCAGUCCUUCGAUCUGGGGGUGAUCAGCUGUUCCCACCUGACACGAAUGUCCUUCUGCUCUAUUUGCCUUUGAAGAGGUCAUUGUUUUAAUCUAGUUUAACUUUUCAUCAUCUGACGUGAGGAGGAUGUAGUGACUGCAUAGCGAUGGCUGGACAAUGGAUAAGACACAGGUGCUCAGUCCUUCUCUAGGACGAGUGACCCCGACCCCAGGGUGUAUUUGGAGCAGAGGACGGGAAUAUUUGGCACCUGGAGACGCACCAGUUUGAGUGAGGUGUGUGAACGCCAGUCUACACACCUGAAUGCUGUGGGUCCUCCAGGCUGUGUCUAUGGAGCUCAUGUUCUCACACAGAUGCUGGUCCCUGACGAUGUUGAAAUGCUCAGCUGGUACUUGUUCGCCUCAGUGCUUCGCGUCCUGGAUUUGCCGGAACUUUUCCUCCUGAGGAGCAGGGGCAAUAGAGUCUCCUCGGGGCCAGGAGGAUGGAGACGUGCAGACUUGCUGCUUUCCUCUAAUGGGAUGAGGUUGGGAACACGGCCCACGGACCCUGGAUUUAUACCUGUGCACACACAUGUGCACAUAUGCACAGAGGAGGGGCCUGGGGACGUGUCCACACACACGUGCACACACACACUGGGUGGCAGUGAACCCCAGCUUCCAACUAGGACGUUUGAGCCCCUUCCUGGCAGGUACCCUGUCUGGGUGGCUGGUCCACACGCCCUGCAGGGUGAAGGCAGCCCCUUUCUUAGGAGGUCGGGGCCUCUCUGUGGACCUGGGCCACAGGCACCAUCUGUCCUGUACUGGCCUGGGUGUGUGGUGAGUAAUUCUAAGCUGCAAGAGAACGGUUGGGCUGCACCAGGGAAGCCAAGGCCCCUCUCCCGAGAGGUCAGAAGGGGCCCUGUGGGCCUCCUCAAGUGGAACAGCACCUCAACAUGGGCCUGGGCUGGACGCCGGGGAAGCCCCGGCCCACGGGCUCCUGCAUCCACGCUGCUUCUCCGUUUCCCCACCGGUGAGCACAGGUCGCCUGGCUGGGGGACGGCGGCUUCUGAUGGAGGCCCCGGGGGUGGCAAACGGCCUCCUGGCCUCCCGCCAGGCACCUCGGCGCCCAGAGCCGGGUCAGGCCACGCGUGGGCCCUGCAUGGGUGGAAACGCCCCUCGGCCAGAGGCGCGGCCUCUUGCUCCCCUGUUCGGGGUGCCGGCAGGGACCCCGAGGUCCACAGAUGCUGCCUGAGGCCGGGCGGGGAUACUGACCCCGAGCUCCAGUGCACACACCUCCUGCCUGAGGCAGAGGCAGCCCCACUCUCCGCCCUCUGCACCUCAAGCAGCCGGCUUAGAAUUUUAUAGUCAACGUGUAAGUUCGUCUUUGCCUGUUGCUUUCUGGAAAAAGCUGGUCUGGGGAAGCACUGGGGUUGGAGGGAGACAGCUCCACCCACGGGCAUGGAGGAUGGGCCCUCUGCUUGCAGACGCUUCGGUGACAAAGGCGAGAUGGCCCCAUGGGGACAAAUGGGUCCUUUUGUGGGAACGAAGUGUCGUGGCACCCAGGCGUGUCCUCCAGGAAGGGCAGUCAUGGGAGCCCUGCAGCCCUGGG